CUCCGCGGCUCUCUCUCAUACACACACACACACCCACGCGCACACAAAGAGAGACACACGCACGCACAAAGCCACUGGGCAUGAGCGCAGCCGGGCUAACGGGAGCUUUUGGUCACAGGCUUGUUCUCCGCUCCAGAUUUGCUCUCCAGAAAUAACCAAGUGUGGUCUGAAGUGACGCGUAAAAACCCGCAGAGGACGCACGGAGUCUCGGGGACUUCAGCUACUUGUGGGCCACUUGUUAUGUUUUAUUUGUCGGCCUGCUCCAGAACCUGAGGAUAACUUUGCGCUCCAUCUCCGGACUAUAAUACACAGGGAAUAUGACAGCUGGCCUGGGCCACUGAGGAGCGGUACUACUGCGUGCAGCACUUGCGUGUCUUGUUGAGGCCAACCGCGCAGCCACAAUAUGCAGCAUCAUUUGGACUUGGGGGCGCAUUACUAUCCUCCGGACGUUCACGCCGAUCACAGGACUCAUCGCUACAGGAGUUUUAUGAUAGAGGAGAUCCUGACCGAUCACCCCGAGCACAAAGCGUCGGCUCCGGCCGGGGAGCUCCUCAAGUUCGGGGUCCACGCUCUGCUGUCUGCCCGGCCUUUCCACAACCAGCUGGUGCUGAAAGCCGAGCAGACGAGCCUGCUCAAGUUCCCCAUGUCCCCGCUGUCCUGCUCGCUGGGCUCGGCGCUCGGCCCCCCGCUGCUGUCCGUGCCUCCGGGCCUGCAGGUCGGCGCGGCGUCCCACCACCUGCCGCUGGACCUGCACCUCCGCGGGAAGCUGGAGCACGGAGCCGACGGAGGCAGCAAAGCGAAGAAGGGCCGCCGGAGCCGCACCGUGUUCACCGAGCUGCAGCUCAUGGGCCUGGAGAAGCGCUUCGAGAAGCAGAAGUAUCUGUCCACCCCAGAUAGAAUAGACCUCGCUGAGUCUCUGGGGCUCAGUCAGCUGCAGGUGAAAACAUGGUACCAGAACAGACGCAUGAAGUGGAAGAAAAUUGUGCUGCAGGGAGGAGGCCUGGAGUCACCGACCAAACCAAAGGGGCGCCCGAAGAAGAACUCCAUCCCCAGCAGCGAGCAGCUCUCCGAGCAGGAGCGAUCUGCGGCUGACGCUGAGCAUCAGUCUGAAGGUUCCAGCUCCCACUUAGACAGCACUCAGGAGGAAUGAGGGGGCCUUCGAGCCUGCAGACACUCUUGACUCUAUAUGUGCAGGGCCCCUGCAACUUACACUAUGCACAUUUUGGAUGGGACCAGACUCUAUGAUGGUAUGGAGAAGAUUUUUGUGGAUGCCCAAAAGACUUUGAAUGGCCCAGCCGAAUUUGUACAAGGCAACAGCGACCAGCAGUCAUGUGUUUUUGUUAUAGCCCGACCAUGCAUUCCCUCACGAUGAACCUGCUGCUGUAGAGGAGGGAGCUCAAACCGCUGCAGUAGGUCGACCCUUUUUAUUCUAAGGAUCCAC